UGGUCAAAGAAGUGAUUAUAGUGAGAAAAUAUGUUUCAAUAACACAUCUUCGUACAUUUUAGAUUUUAUUAUUACUCCUUAUAUACUGGAUUAGGUCCUGAUUUCUUCUAGUGUCUUCCACCACCAGGCUACAACAUUCCAAACCAACGUUCUGAGUUUUCUCCCACCUUUCUGACUUGGAAUCCUUUGAGAACUAAAAUUGCCCUUCUCCUGAGGUUCUGCUAAAUGUAAACCACUUACCUAAACCUGGAGAAAUCCACAAGAACUCAUAACCUACCCAGUCUUUGUGCCUAUCGCUCAGCAGGCCAAGCAGAGAUCACCAGAGACAUUUGAACUACAAACCCAGGGGACCUGUCUGACUUGCACAGCCUGCACAUCUCACUCUGAGAUGCUUCGAGUCCAACAUCUAGAAGUCUGCUCCACUGGCUGCCCUCACAACUCGGAAACUAGCUUAACAUUUGAUCCAGUCAUGAACCAUUGGGUUCCUCUUGUUUCCAUAGAAAAGCCUCUUGUUUCUUACCUGAUUACUUGGACCACAGGCCUGACGUUGUGAAUCCACCCACAUCACUGCCUUCUGGAAUGAGUUUGCCUAAACUGACCUAUCAUCCAGAUGAAUAGACCAGUUCAGUUGGAAGAAACACAUACCAGCUGAACUGUUAAUGUGUGCAACUGCAGAGAAGCUUACAUUUAAAUUUGAUCUGAGUAACCCAUCUCUCUGGCAGGAUAUACAUUUGUGCACCAAACAUUUACUGGUUCCUUCCCUUUGAAAUCUCAGACCCCUACCCCCUUCUGCUUAAUUCGGGAUGACAUUUGUAUCUCUUUUGCCUGACUGCCACGUCUGUGUGGACUCCUUGCACGUAUGCUAUUAGAUUUGAUUUUCUCUUGUUAAUCUGUCUCAUGUCAAUUUGAGUCUUAGUCCAGCCAGAAGGACCUUGAAGGGGACAGGGAUUCUUGCUCCCCUUCCCUCCUGGGGCUGGGCCACUACGCCCUCUCCUACUCCUCUGGCAAAGCCCUGGGCUGCUCCACCUCCAAGCCCCCCACCCCUGCCAGGCCUUCUGAGGGUGCAGGUGGCAGGUGGCAGGGAGAAGACCCCAUGGCCUUUGUCUACGGAAGACUAGAGUGGUGGAGGCAGGUGGAGAGGGAUCCCUGGGCUCAGGGACCAUGUGUUGGGACAGAUUGACUUUAGGGGUAAAGAUGACAAGAAACGGCAUUUGGAGCACAUCUGAGCUGCUAACAGGGUGGACAGCUGUACAAAGGGGCCAAUACCACUGAAGUGGAGAACUAGGCUGGGAGAUGGGGGGGAGGGCAGGAAGUAGGUGUGCACAGAAUGGAUGUGGUGCUACAGAGUGGCAGGGGCAGGGACCCUCCCUGGAGAGAAGGUCUUCAGAGUCAGACUCCAGGGGAUGCCGAGUUGAGGGGCUAGAGCAAGGGAGGGGACACCUCAUCAGGUCAGCUAUACGCUCCCAACCGACGGCACUGCUCUUUAACUACUUAACGAAAUAAGGAAGUAACAGAAGAAAAAAUUGAGGGGAAGUAGAUGAGAGAAACUAUAAAAGAAUAAUUUAGAAGAAGAGAAGGUAGGUUGCAUCUGUGCUCAGUUCAAGUUUCUGGAAGGCAGCUGGUAUUUGCUGAGCACCAGGAAGACAAGCCAGGAAAGCAGGACAUGUGGCUGCUCCCGGUUCUGUUCCUUCUCGUCGUCCAAGGCCACUUCUGCACCUGCUUGGAGAGAAUGGUGAGAGGCAGAGAGGGGGGCACUCUGACCACAUCCUGUGAGUAUAGCCCAGGAUGGGAAUCCUACAGGAAGUGGUGGUGUCGCGGGAAGAAUUGGAAUUCCUGCAAAAUCCUUGUUAAGACCACUGGGUCAGAGAAACUGGUGAAGAAGGGCAGAGCGUCCAUCCAGGAAAAUCGUAGCCGACGCAUAUUCACCGUGACCUUGGAGGAUCUCCGUCGGGAAGACGCAGACACCUACUGGUGUGGGAUUGAGCGAACCGGCAAUGACCUGGGGUACAAAUUUUCUAUUGUUGUCGACCCAGCCCCUGAUCCAACAGACUCUCCCAAGCCUGUAGCAAGAACACCAGCCAGUCGAGCUUCCUCUCAUCCACUUACCCAGGGCAUCAACAGCAGCCAGCCUAUUGUUCUGAUCAACCCCCACAGCAGAUCAGCGACCCUGACCAUCAAUGGAGCAGCAGAGAAUCUUCCUGUGUGGAUCCUCCUGGUACCUCCUUUCCUUGCCACCCUUGAGUGGCUCUGCCAAGGAUAAAUAACUAUUACAUCAUUCAGGACUCUGGCCAAUGAUGGGUUUUCCAAUUCCAGACCAACAAGUAAGCAUAAAACCUCAAUGAAACCAAAAGCUUGAGAUUGUGUCCACGUGGACAAAUACCCCUGAUGGGCCAGCUGCACACAGGUCCGCCAAUUCCACCUUCUGCUGCAUCAGUACCUCCCAGAUAAAGAAUUGCCUGAGCAUAAAAGAUUGAAGGUAGGAUCGGACCAUCAUCCAACCCACAUCUCAACUGUUUGUACUAUAUAUUUCCUAUUAAAAUCUAUGGCUUGCUGCGC